AUUCACUUCGCCACAGGGGGUGUCAACGACCUAUCUCGGUCGGCGCAGUGCCACUACACACUCUCUGUGAGGAUGGUACCGUAUACAGAAUCGCAGACGCAGAGCUCGUCAUCGGAGUCCUCGGAACCCCCGGCGUCAUCGAGGCCGAAGUGUGAGGGCAAAGAUGCCCUAUGCAAGGCAAUGGGAGCCCUUUUUCUACAGCACCGUGUCGAGACGCUCGAGUCAGACGUCGAGAAGCUUCAGUACAAGAGAGAUACUCGGGCUCGUAGCACAAAGGGAAAAGGUUGUCCAUUUGGCCGUGAGGGCGGACGUGAAGUUGGGGGAAGCAGAGGGAUAGGACGUGAUGGCCUGGGGAGCGAGGGUUUGAGCCGUCUUCCAGCCACCUCGAAGAGAACUCAGCCCGUCGAGCGAGUCAUCGUUGCCGAUGCGAGCUUACUCAUAUAUUCGCUUCGCACCGUUCACGAGUGGAUCAAGGCAGGCAAUUGUCACAUAGUAGUCCCCAUCGAGGCUCUAAGUACACUCGAUGUACUUAAAAAAGGAGAACAUCACAUCAAUAUGGCGGCUCGCAAGGCGAUGCGAUUCCUCGACGAACGGUGCACGCGCGAUGCCCUUGGCUCAGAGGACAACGACAUCUUCUCGAAGCACUCGGAGGCCCAACCAGGCCUCUUCGCGCAGCGAGAAGGUCAAAAGCUCAAGCCAGAGGAGGUCGAGGGCCUCCGCAUGUGGCUGCUCGAUUCAAACAUGAUGGCACCGGUCGACAUGCAUGAAGGACACCUAGCGUGGUCAUUUCGAAAGAUACCCAAUUACAUUCGCGAGACACUCCUCUGUGCGCUCUGGUUUCUCCGCAGUCGCAUCAAUGCCGUAGUCCGGGACGGUGAUGCGCUUGCGCCGUCAUUCAGCCUGGCGUUGGCCCUCCCACCGCCUCAUCUUGAUGAAUUCGAAGACAGCGCUCCCUCGUCCAAUCUUCGCUAUGCCGAGAGAGCCGAUGGCCGUCAGAUCGCUCACUGGGCCAAGACAUGCUGUCAAGACGUACAUGCUUCGUCUUCUUCGGCUUCAGAGAAGGGCGACUGGAUCAUUGUUGCGCCUACCGCCAGCAGCUGGCUCUCAGCACCCUGCUCUGUGGCCAACGGUAAGGGCGAGCAAGCGACGUCGAUGAUGGUUUCGGCAAGGCCCAGUGCAAAGAUCGAGCAGCGAUGAUGACGGCACGACGACCAUUUUCAUCUUUACUCUUAUCCAAGUUGUCUUUGACGACAACUGCCAGCCUCCUCACGACGGUAUACACCAAAGGCUUCGGCUCACUAGCAGUUCUGCUAUGGCUCGCCAACCCACAGGCUCCUUACGAGGUUUCGCCAGUGGCAGCCCACAAUACUGACUUCAUUUGCGCUUGCGCAAAGGGACAGGGAUGACCACUUCGUUCGAUGAAAGGCUUGGUGUAGGAGGUAGAGCUAAAUAGGCUGUAGAUAGAUUGAGGAAAUAAGUGAGAAGACGGAAAGAGAGUACCGACAUCACAACCACAUGUAGAAAUGUUUCAAGUUGCCUUUGGCAGGGAGUACAGAAUGAGCUUUAAAAAAAGUACCUGGUGACAUGCUGCCUUGUAUGAGGUGCACCCUGCUGUGGCGAAAUUGGACGAUAUCGGG